CACCACGGUCGCAUGAGGCUUUGUCUUUGGACGCGAAUGUUUUCUUGAGGACCAGGCGAUUGAAACGGUAGUGCAUUCUCUCUGAAAACCGUUUCUACACAUCGCCGCAAUGGGUUCCCGUGGAGGGGUCAUUGAGGAGUCUGCCGACAAGAAUCUGGUAGACAAUUCAGGAGAGCCGACUGGCAAUACGACAGAUUCCAAAGUCUUGGAAGAUCUUGGCUACAAGCCCGUUCUUCACCGAACAUUUAAUCUGUUUCACAACUUCUCGACUACAUUUGCUGCUCUCUAUUUCAUCGGCGGUGUCCGCGUCACAUUUGCGACCGGUAUAGCGGCUGGUGGAAAUCUUGCCUACUGGACGAGUUUCAUUAUAACAUGUGUCUUCACUUUUAUCACCGCCGCUGUGAUAGCAGAGAUAUGUUCGUCACUACCACUCGCUGGAUCCAUCUACAUGUGGGCAGCUGAGGCUGGCGGUCCUCGCUAUGGGCGCCUCUUCGGUUUCGUGGUCGCUUGGUGGAGUACGACGGCAUGGACGACUUUCUGCGCUAGCAAUACCCAAGGCGCUGUCAACUAUAUGCUGUCUGAAAUCGUGGUCUUUGAUCUGGACUUUCCUACGGACACCACAGACGUCAAAUUCCGUGCUGUCCAGUGGAUCCUGACCGAGAUCAUGCUCGCAUUGGCCGCUAUCUGGAAUCUUCUCCCACCUCGCUACUUCAAGUGGAUCUUCUAUCUUUCCAGUUCUUUCGUUGUCCUUGACUUUGUCUUGAACAUGAUCUGGCUCCCGAUUGCCACCAGUAGGACCAUAGGGUUCCGUUCGGCUCAUGACGCAUUUCUCACAACAUACAACGGAACUGGAGCUUCGGAGGGUUGGAACUGGUGCUUGUCGUUCUUGGCCACGGCUGGUAUCUUGAUUGGCUUCGACGCUUCAGGUCACGUCGCAGAAGAGACUAAGAACGCGGCAAUAACAGCAGCCCGUGGCAUUUUCUGGAGUACUGUUGUCAGCGGCAUCGGCGGCUUCAUCGUUGUCAUCCUGUUCUUGUUUUGUGUACCCGACGCCGAUACCUUCUUCUCAUUUGGGUCCCCACAACCGUUUGUUCCGCUAUAUGCUGUCAUCCUGGGCGACGGGGGUCACAUUUUUAUGAAUGUCAUCUGCAUUGCGGCGCUCUGGUUCAAUACUGCAAUCGCUGUGCUUGCGGCUUCUCGUCUGGUCUUUGCUGUGGCCCGAGACGGCGUGCUACCCUGGUCUGGCUGGGUCUCCAAGGUCGUCGAUGGCCAGCCUCGCAAUGCCGUUCUGGUUGUCUGGGGUGUCGCGUCGGUCAUCACCUGCACGAUCCUUCCGUCGUCCGUGGCGUUCACGUCGCUGGUUUCAGCUGCCGGAGUGCCAUCGGCCGCAGCCUAUGGGCUCAUCUCGCUCAGCCGGCUGCUACUGACGCCGAAUACUUUUCCCAAGCCGGCUUGGAGCCUGGGAAGACUUAGCAAGCCUUUCCAGGCUAUCGCGGUCGUCUGGAACGCUUGGGUUGUGGCUGUGCUUUACUCUCCAUACAUUUUCCCAGUCACGGCGGACACGCUGAACUAUGCACCUGUCAUUAUGGGCGCGACCACGGUAUUGGCAUUGAUCUCCUGGUGGGUUAUCCCAGCAGAUAAAUGGCUACCGAGUCAACGUAUUCAGCAGACUUUGGAGGCUCGUGGGUCUGGAUAUACUGGUAGAGACGAUGAGUGAAAGUAAAUAUGCACUUCGACAGCAGCCAGGAGUCUUCCAGAUCUAUCAUUUCCGGAGGGCUACUAAGGAUCACCGGACAAAAGAGAUACAGUGCACAAAACACAGAUUCCAUUCGUUUUGGUCGUGGCUGUCAAAGCGGCUCGGUACG